GUUAACUGAAUCAUUCUCAUUGCUUUUCAUUCAUUCUGCAGGUGCGAGUGGAAGCAUAAUCAUGACCACAUAAGGACCAAAGGAGACUGUAAAAGAAAGACAAUGAGUUCAGCAUCAAGGCAAAAGAAGAAAAAGAAAAAUAAAUUUGGUGCUACGUCUCCACCAUUUAUUGAUUACUUGAAGGAAAUUUUGAGAAGGUACCCAGAUGGGGGACAAAUAUUGAAGGAGCUGAUACAGAAUGCAGAUGAUGCAGGAGCUUCAACUGUGGUGUUUAUUCAUGAUGAGAGACAUUAUGGGACUCAAAGCCUGUGGACUGAAGAGCUUGGAAAGUAUCAAGGACCUGCUCUCUAUGCCUUCAAUGAUGCAGCCUUUACAGAGGAAGACUGGGAGGGUAUUCAGAGAGUUGGCAGAAGCAUCAAGCAGGAUGACCCAACGAAAGUUGGGAGAUUUGGGAUCGGUUUCAACUCUGUUUAUCAUAUUACAGACUUGCCAUGUGUUUUCAGUUCUGACCACCUAGCCAUUUUUGACCCACAAAAGAAGAUGUUUGGAGAGGAUGAAGAAGGCUAUCGAUGGUCUUUGAAUGAUGAAGAUGACAGAGAGAGCCUUUUGAACUUAAGAGAUCAGUUUCAGCCCUUUCAAAAUAUUGUCAGUCAAGUCAACAGUUGUACCUGGGAGAAGGUCAUCAGAGAUGAGCAAUACUUCAAAGGAACAAUCUUCCGUUUCCCUCUGCGUAAUGAGGCUUCUGAAAUCUCAGAUAACCUAUAUGACUCCACAAAAGUUACCCAGCUAUUUGACAGUUUCAUUGAUGAUGCAGACAUCAGUCUUCUUUUCCUGAGAAAUGUGUCAUCCAUUACUUUACAGCAUAUUGACACCAAUGGCCUCCGCAAUGAUAGGCUCAAAGUUUCAGUGUCAAAUCACUUUAUUACUGACCUUUCUCAUAUCAAGCAGGAAUCGUUUGACAGAAAAACAUGUUUUAAAACAGUAUCACAGAUUUCCCAGCAAAUGGAAGAAACAAAGUCCCAGUGGCUUGUGACGACUUGCCUUCUGAAACAGGGAUAUAUACCAGAGAUUGACUCUCUAGCUAAUAAGCUGAGCUUCUACCCUCAAGUUGAUACAGCAUUUCAGUUAGAUGAAGACAGAUCACUUUGCAAUGGGCGACUAUGUUGCUUUCUGCCACUUCCAAAUAAUGAAACAAACAAAACUGGGCUUCCCAUUCACAUCAAUGCUUGCUUUGGCCUGACAGACAAUCGGAGGUUUAUCAAGUGGCAAGAGGAGGAUCAGAAGAAUGAUGAGUCUGCGAUGUGGAAUGAGCUGCUCACAAAAUAUAUUCUUCCUUAUGUAUAUCUCAUGAUUAUCCUAGAGGCCAUUCAGUUAUCAGAAAACUCAGACCUGCCUUCCCUCACUGUGUACAAUCUUUGGCCUGACCUAUCGAAGACUGUACAUAAAGAGAGAUGGCAUGAAGUUGCAGCAGAUACUCUGAAAGGUCUAUUUGAAUAUAAGAUCUUUCACCUUGCUGAUGAUGAGCAAAUCUGGGUGUCUGUCUCAGAUGCAGUUUUUCCAGUAAACAAUAUAUGUAGUGACACAAUGUCUGCAGUGUCAAGAUUAUUGAUUGCUGAAGGAGAAAACCUGGUCACAGUUCCAGAACAUGUUUUGAAAGAUGUUCUGGAAAUCUUCCUUGAAAGUGAUACCUUAACAUGGGUGACUCCAUCUUAUGUUAGAGAUGUCCUUCACAGAAGUGAGGCUGAACAUCUCAGUAAAAAUGACAAAUACACACUUCUUGAAUUUGCUCUCAGUGAUGAAAAAUACAAAGAGCUACAAGGACUUAAGCUUCUGCCUCUCAGUGAUGGAACCUUUACUUCUUUUGGCAAUGGAGUGCAGAACACUGUUUUUAUUGACAAUGAGAAGUUUCCAAGAACAUUGCUGCCAUUUUGUAAACAAAGGUUUUUACCCAACGAUCUGAGCCAUUUUUGCACUAUGCAACUAAGGAAACUAGCAACAAAGGGCAUAUACAACAUAAUCAAUUUGGAUGCACAACAUAUUGUUGCACUCAUGAAGAAGCACUUACCCAUGGACUGGAAAGUGACCCAAGGUCACGUGACAUGGAAAACAGCAGAAGAUCAUCAUCCUCCAAAGAGCUGGCUGGCUGAAUUCUGGAAAUUUCUUAGCAGUGAAUGGAAUGACUUAAGCAGACUUAUAGACAUGCCUUUAAUACCACUGCAGCCACUGCAGAGUUCAAACAAUUCUAUAUUGUUAGCAAGAUUGCAAAGUAACUCAACUAUGAUCUUCCAGAGUAGCACAGGGUCCAACUUGUCAAAUAAUAUUCAGAAUGUGUUAAGAAUGGUGGGAUGUACAGUCAUAAAAAGAGAUGAAUGCCUUAGACAUCAUGACAUUGAGAGUUAUGUCCUUCCAGCUUCACCAAAAAAUGUUCUACAAGUCUUUGUAAACUCAAACAGAGACCAGGUCAUCAAAGGCAUUGCUUCUACUUCAUCACAUGUAAGAGAGGAGUUGAAAGUGUACCUCUCUUCUUUGGAUUCUCUCUCAGUUGCUGAACAGGAUCUACUUUGCAUGUUGCCAAUCUUCAGAAUGAUGUCUGGGAAAUAUGUUGCAGUUAAAUCAAAGCGAGCAGUCAUUUCAACCACCAAUCCAGCCAUUCCAAAUGAUCUGCCCAUGCCUGAUACCAUUGUACAGUGUGCAAAUGAAGCUGAUCGCAGACUUUUGACUCUUGUGAAAAUUGAACUUUUGGAUGCAGUUAAGGUCUCUGUUUAUUUGGUUGACUGCAUUAAGGCAGGCUUUUUCAAAAAUGGUGAGGAACAGACAAUAAUGACCUGGAUACUGAAUAAUGGUAGCAUUCUACUCUCACAAAGUGAGCAGCUGCUCACAAAAACAAAAAGUCUCAAUUUUAUUGAGACAACUCAGGGGGAACGCAAACAAGCCUCAGAUGUUUUUGAUCCAAGAAACAGGACAUUCCAAGACCUUUUCGAAACAGAUUUCUUUCCUCCACCUAUUUACACAAAGACCCAGGAAAUGCUUCAGAGUUUGCAACGCCUUGGCUUAAAGACAGAGCAAAAAGAAAUAUCAACAACAAACAUACUCCAAGUCAUAAAUCAUAUUGAAAAGCUUUGUGUUCACUCACCAGAUAAAGCAUUCAAAAAAGCAAAUGCUAUUGUUCAAGUACUGAAUGAGAAUGAUUUCCUUUCAAAAUUCACCAAGACGCAGAUAGGAGAGCUGAUGCAAAGGCAGUGGAUGCCUUGUGAAAAUCCAAAGUUCUUGAAUGGAAGAGAGGUUUCUACAGGUUUCUACCAGCCAGCUGAAGUUAGGGAUUCAAAGUAUUCUUCAAUUGUUGGAUAUGUAAUGCCCCUUACCUCUAAGCUAACAGGACAUGUCUGCAACCAUCUUGGACUUAAUGACCCCCCUCCAGCUGAAAAAGUCUUAGAGAACCUCUUUGCACUGAGAUCAAUGGUCAACCCAAAUUCAGAUUUUCAAUUUAAAAUCGAGCUACACAGUAUCUAUAAAUUCAUGCAGGACAACAUGAGAAAUUUCAGAGAUUUAAAGGACACAAAAUGCAUUCCCUGGGUCUGGAAUAAAAGUGAGUUUGUCUGUCCAGGAGAUAUAGUUUUAACCUAUCCACCUGAAUUGGAUCUAAGCCCUUACAUCAAGAAAGUGCCUGAAGAGUUUUUGCCAUAUGAAAACCUGCUAACGCAAUUUGGUGUGAAGAAAACUCUGUCUGAUGAGGAAAUUGAAGACAUGCUACAUGACAUAAAACAUAGAAUUGACUGCAGGUGUCCUCCUCAUGGAGACUCGACAGAACUUAAAGUGACAAUUGCCAUUCUUGACUGGAUGCGAAAAAAUGAGAAGCGUUUAAAGGACAGUACACCUGUGCCUGUCAUGGAACAAAACCAAAACUUUACUCUGCAGUCUUUAUCCAAAACAGUCUUCUGUGACAUAAGUACUGAAGGACUAGAAGACCUGAAACAGGACAAUGAGGAGUUCUAUGUCAUUCAUGAGGAAGUUCUACCCCUCACUGCAAGAUGGUUGAAAGUCCCAUUCUUAAGUACUCGCAUCUUAAAACCACAGUUCAUACAAGCAGAGCAAGCAUCCUUUGGUAUAGAACAAUGUGGGCAAUCUGAACCAAUUACUCAAAGAAUUAAGAACAUUCUUAAAGAGUAUGAUGAAGAAAGCGACAUUUUCAAAGAACUCCUACAAAAUGCUGAGGAUGCUGGGGCAACCAUGUGUAAAUUCCUCCUUGACUUCGAAACACAGAGACCCCCUGAUACCCUCUUUGAUGAUGGAAUGGCCCUCUGCAAUGGACCAUGCCUUUGGAUCUUCAACAAUGAGCUCUUUUCACAAGAAGACUGGAGAAACAUUGUCAAGGUGGGAUCAGCAUCAAAACAAAAUAAAGUUGAGAUGAUUGGAAAGUUUGGGCUUGGAUUUAAUGCUGUUUACCAUGUGAGUGAUAUUCCCUCAAUUUUGAGUGGAAAUAGCCUCCUCAUACUUGAUCCAAAUGUCACCCAUUUGGAAAAGCACAUACUCAGUAAAGGAAACCCAGGAAUUAAACUCAACCCAUUCCAGGAACGGCUGUACAAAAGAUUUCCUGGACAGUUUAAAUCUUAUGAAGGCAUUUUCGAUUGUGAUCUGUCAGCGCAAAACAGCAAGAAAGCUUACAAUGGCACCUUGAUAAAAUUACCAUUUCGCACCCUGGAGGAGGCAAAAAAGUCAGAGAUAAGUUCAAAGGUAUAUGACAAAGAACGCAUUCAGAGUUUUAAAAAUGUUUUGACUGACAACUCAGAAACUCACCUACUAUUUCAGAAGAAAAUUAAAUCUUUGUCCCUUCAAAUUGUCCCUGAAAAUGCAUCGACUCCUCCACAGGAUGAUCAGAUUCAGACACCUCUCAAAAUAUCCAGAGAAGUCAUGAAUUCAUUCGCUGUCUCAAACGGUACACCUCCACAAGAGAUCAAGAGCACUUUCAGAAAUACUGAUAUCACAUGCGACAACAUUAUUGAUGUUAACAAAGCACACAUCAUUAAAAUAGUUCAAGAGCACUCAGAGAGAUCCCUCACCCAGUACUGGCUUUUGUACUCAUGUUAUGGGAUGCAUGAUUCAAUGCAAAUGUUCCAGAAAAGAAAUGAUCAAGAGCAUGUAUUUUCAUUUCCAAUUGGAGGUAUAGCUGUACCUUUGCACAGAGAGGCAAAAACUAAAGCAUGGUAUGCUGAUGAAAGCCUCACUGGCCAUGCUUUUUGUUUUCUUCCUCUCUCGAUUAAGACAGGUCUUCCAGUCCAUAUAAAUGGGACUUUUGCAGUCACAUCAAAUAGGAAAGGCCUAUGGGAAAAAGGAGUGAAGUCUGAGUGGAACAAAGCUUUACUUAAAGAUGCUGUAACCUCUGCUUACAUCACUACACUGCUUGAGCUGAAGAAAAUGGCUCAAAAUAGACAUAUCCAGAACUAUUCCUUCUAUGCAUUCUGGCCUAACACGGAGAGAGUAAGCAAAGCAUUUUUACCCCUGGUCGAGUCUUUCUAUUCAGCAGUUGCGCAGAAUGGCAAUGGUAAAUCUCUGGAUCUUUUUAGCAAUGGACAUAAUUGGUGUUCUAUAGAGAAGGCGAGAUUUCUGAAUCCACAAAUUGAGAAGAGCCAAGCAGUUGGAGACAUUGCUAUGAAAGUGCUCUUGAGCUUUGGAGCUCCGUACUCCUGUGUUGUUUCUCUCCCAACAUGGGUAAGACACAGUUUUAAUUAUUGUGGCUUCAAGAAAAUGAUGAAACAGAAGACAAUCAAUUGGCCUGAGUUUUACAACAUUGUGUUUAAGAACUUGAGUGCUGUGGACAAAUGCAACAUAAAUUCUCUUGUCCUUAAUGCCAUUGACUUGAAUGAUCCUGCUGUUGAUGACCUGCUGAAAAGUCAUGCUUGCAUUCCAACACAUAAACGUCAGAAGCUUCAAUUUAUCAAGCGACUUGUGAAUCCUUCUGGCAAAGUGGCUUGUUUGUAUGCACUUGAGGAAGGAUGCAUUCUUGAAGGAACUGCAAAUGACUUCCUCUCACCAAAAAGGAUUCAAAGACUUUCAGAUUUGGGAAUGCUAAGUGACUGCCUCCCUAUAGAGGACAUCAUAGAGAGAGCGGAGAAGAUAUCUAGUGUUUGGCAACAGGAUAAAUCUAAAUUUCAUAAAUGUCUUCGGUGUCUCAUAGAGUCUAUGACAGACUCCUCAGAAGAUGUGAAUUCUCUGCACUGGCGCACACUGUCUCAAAUACCAUUCCUUCCUGCCUUAGCUCCUUUAGUUCAGAAAAACAUGAACACCACCAUACUUAAAAAACCCUCUGAAGUUUACAGUGCCCGUUGUCGCAAUUUGGUAAGCAUGACAGAAUUCACAGUUGAUCAUUCAAACCUUCAAAUACACAGUUAUGAUCCAGUUUUCCAAAAACUGAGAGUACGGACAAAUCCACCAGUUGAGACAGUGCUUCAGCAGCUAUUAAAUGCACACAAACACUGCUAUGCAUUUGAAAAGUCUGCUCUCCUUAACAUUGCUCAGACUUGCUAUGAAUAUCUCAACUAUUACUUGUUGGAACAGAAAGAUCCCAGUCCCAUUAUUUGCCAUGCAAAAUCAUACCCAUUCAUUUUCAUUGAGGAUCACUUUGUAAAUGUGAAAGCGGUGGCCAGAAGUGAAGAAUUUGAGGAGAAACCAUAUCUUUAUGUUCUUCCAGUCAUUUUCUCCAAAUUUGAGAGGCUGUGGAACUACCUUGGUGUCAAAAAACAAUUCACAAAGGAGCAAUUUGUUGCUGCAAUUGAGGACAUGAAGACUUUAUAUGGAUCUCACCCUCUUUCCAAAUUAGACCUCCAUAAGUGUACUGCAAUACUCGUGAAUGGACUGUAUAAACUCAAAGAAGAAAUUAUUAUAAACUGUCUCAUACCCGAUGAGAGCGGUGUGUUGACAUCUUCUAAAGAGCUGAGAUUCAAUGACAGCCCAUGGAUGCCUAUCUCUGCUGGUGUCCAGCUCUCCCAUGAGCUGAUACCUCGGCCUGUGGCCUGUCAUUUUGGUGUAAUGACAACAAGACACCAUACUCUGAAAGAACAUUUUGUCAGUGGGUUUUCCCUUCAUGCCAAAGAGUUUGGACAAACUGAGAAACUAACUGUCAGAAUAAAAAAUAUAAUUGAGGCAUAUCCAUCUAAAAAGGAUAUUCUGAAAGAGCUCAUUCAAAAUGCUGAUGAUGCAGAGGCAACAGAAAUUCACUUUGUGUGGGACAAAAGAAAACAUAAGAAAGAAAAGAUAUUUGGAACGAAAUGGGAACUGGUUCAAGGCCCAGCACUUUGUGUGUACAACAACAGAACAUUCUCUGAUGCUGACCUGAAAGGUAUUCAGCAGCUGGGGCGAGGAGGAAAACAUGGCACUUUAGGGAGAACUGGGAAAUAUGGACUUGGAUUCAAUUCAGUGUAUCAUCUGACAGACUGUCCAUCUAUUCUGACCGGUGACAAAUGGCUCUGCAUUUCUGAUCCAAAUCUAAAAUACAUGGAAGGUGUAACAAAACAGUCCCCAGGCCGCAUGUUUUUAAUGGAAGACAAUUUUAAAAAGUCUUUUGAUGAUGUUUAUCAUACCUUUCUUCCAGAAAUGUUUGAUCUCAAUUCUGGAACCAUGUUCAGGCUCCCUCUCAGGACAGAGAAAAUGGCAGAAAAAUCUGACAUAUCUAGACAUACAGUCACAGAUCGUGACAUGAAAGAACUUUACUAUGCCUUGACAGAAGAUCCUGAAGGAUUAAUUCUCUUCUUGAAACACAUCACAAAAAUAGAGUUUUUGGAGAUCAGUGAAGAUGGAAAACAUACAAAAUGUUCUUUCCUUAUCGAAAAGAUAUACAAAGAGGAGAGCAUGGUAAACAAAGAAAACUUUCAUACACACGUUAAAGAAUCCCUCAUGUCAGGAACAGCAGAACCCUGCAAAACCAUGUACAUCAUUCAGAUCUCAUAUGGAAAUAAACAAAGUAAGUGGGUCAUUGCAGAGUCCUUUGGCUUCUCAAAACAAAUUCAUGAGAGAAAAAACAAGCAGGGCUAUUUCAAAGUUCCCCAAGCUGCUCUGGCUGCAUGUUGGAGCAGCUCAUUUACCCACACAUUUACUGGUAGAGCAUUUUGUUCUUUGCCCUUACCUGGACAAACUGGUUUACCAGUUCACGUGAAUGCAAAUUUUGAAGUAGAUUCUUCUAGAAGGGACUUGUGGAAAGAGGAUGGUGAUAGUCUGAAGACUGAGUGGAACCAGUCGCUGAAAGUAAACAUCAUUUCACCACUCUAUGCUGACCUCCUCUUAAGUCUCUGUUCAGUCAUAAAGAAAGAUACACCUAGAACUCUUGUAUUCCUCAAGUCAGAGCUAGAGAAUUCUUGGCUGGAAUACUUUCCACGCAUUUCUCAGAAAGUAGACGAAGUCUGGCAUGAGAUGAUUCAUGAGGUCUAUAGAUCAAUUAACCAACGUGACCUUCUUGUCAUACCCACAGUACAUGCUGUUCCUGAGUCAUCACAUCUUUCACAACAAAAAUACACAGUUACCUGGUGCAGUGUGUCUGAACCACAUUCAGAAAAUUGUCCAUAUUUUACAACUGAGGACCAUGAAGGAAUUUUCGAAAUUUUAGAUGACGCCGGGAUGAAAUUAGUGCCAUACUCUUUGAAAAUGCAUGAAAUAAAAGCACAUUUUAAAGCAGCUGGUGUGAAUGUUACAGAAAUCAGUGCUUCAACAGUGAUGAACUUCUUGAAGCAAAGAUCACUGAAUGAUCCUUCCCAGACAACUGGUCAUUUGCCUUUGCCCAUCAACCAGACUUUGAUCAAAAACAAAACAAGAUGCUCAAAACUUUUGAACUUCUGCUUGACAAAUGUCAAUGAGAAAAUAUCCAUGUCCUCAAUGUUGCCUCUUCUCCUCACGGAAGAUCAGAUGUUAAGAGUCUUUGACUCUAGAUGCCCAAAGUUGUUCUCAAGAUUUAGCAGUCUUUUCCAAGGAAAUCAGGAGAUGUUUGCCGAUAUUGUUGUCAAUGGAAAGCACAUGCAAAUUCUACACAAGGGAAUGUAUAUUAAGAGCUUAACAAUUGCUAUGGCAGCAACAUAUUUGAAAACAGAACUUGAGCAACUGCUCAGGCAAUCAUUACCUGAUCAAAGGUGGCAGCUCUACAAAGCAGAGAAAGAGACAAUCAAAUGGCUGAAAACUUUAUGGAGCUUCUUUGAGGAUCAAGUGGAAGUCUGCAAAAAUGGAAAGCUGAAUGUCUUCAGUGAGAUAAAAAAGCACUUUGAAGAUAGUCCUAUUUUACCAGUCAUCUGCCCCAAUCAAAAUAACACCCGAUUCUUACAAACAAUGAGGAAUGUAUCAAAAGUGAUUUGGAGAUCAGAUGAAAAAAUAGCUUCCAUUCUCAUAAAACUGGGGUUCAUGAAACUAGACCGUAUCUUUUUCAACGAUCUCAUGGACUUCUGUUUCAAGUAUAUACAUCCAGAGCUCCUUCAAACAGUAGACAGCUGUGCUGUUUUGGGAGAGGUUUAUCAUGUACCUCAUUCCCAGUUUCAGGGGCUAUCAAAAGAUGAAUGUGUAGAUCUUCAACGCUUCUUACAGAAUGAGAUUAGAGAUUCCAAAAAGAAGGGUGAACAUGUGUGGAUGCUCAAGGCAUUGCCCCUGUUUGAGUCAAUAUCUGGAAAACGGGAAAGUAUUGAUUUACACAGAAGGGUGUUUAUUCUGAAUUCUAAGCAUCACAAUGACUUUCCAAAUUUGUACUGUGUCGAUGGAUGUGACAGUAUUUUCCUCAAACCCAGCUGGGUGAACUUGGAAUUGUCAGAAAUUCUGAACAUUCAGGUUCUAGAUGAUUUGGAGUUCUGUGUACAAUUCAUUCUUCUUUCUGUGCAUAAGAUGAAAGAGGCCAAACUUCUUGAUUUCAUGCGGUUGUUAGUGGAACUUGGACAUGGGGAUCAUAGGAUUGUCUCUGCAUUGAGAGAGGUCAGAUUUAUUCGAGACAUCAAUGGCUCUCUUCAGGUGGCUUCAUACUUCUAUGAUCACAAUGUACACCUUUACAGGGUAAUGCUUCCAAAAGAGAGAUUUGUUCCAGAAACGUUUUGGGAGAUUUUCCAAGAUAAGCAUACCAAAGCUUAUUUGCUCUUAAAGGACCUUGGAUUGAAACAUAACGUAUCUGAUGAGGAAAUCAUUCAUUUUGCAAAACAAAUUGAAUCUGAAACUAGAGGCGACAUUCCUUUAGAUGUUCUUAAAAAAAGAUCACAACUCUUGUUUAAGAUUGUUUUAUCAAAGAGUAAUGACAAAAACUCUAAAUUACUGAACAGAGUUGCUAACAUUAAAUUCAUCUUCCCAGUGAAAAUUCAUCAAACACUUUGUGAUUAUCACAAAGCUUUUGCACAAGAGAGAGAGGUUGUAGCAAUUAGUGGAUCAUUGAUUGACAGAGACAACAAUCACCAUUUUCUCAUAUGGACAUCGAUGCCAAUCCUACCCUCAGAACUCUGCUCACCACGUAUUGCAAAGAAAAUGAAGGAUGCUGGUGCCUUGGAGACUCCACCCCCUGGAAAAAUAGCUGCUAAUCUGAAAAACAUCUGUAUGUCUCAUUGCCGCACAGACAGACUGUUGGAGACAAGAAAAAACAUAUUUAGCAAAUCAUAUGCAUACCUACAGUCAAUAAAUUUUGAUGCCUCUCUGUUUGCAGACCUCCCUGUUAUCCUUGUGGAAAAUGGUACAGCACUUGUGAAAGCUCACCAAACAGUACUUGUACUGACUGAUGCUCUUGAGUUUAGGCCAUACUUGUACAAUAUUCCUUCAAUCUAUAUGAAAUUUGAAGACUUCUUCAAGAAGAUUGGUGUCAAGGAGAGACCUACUAUCAAUCAAUAUAGCACUGUUCUUCAAGAAAUCUAUUCUGAUAGUUGUGACAAAGACAGCCUUCAGGCAAAUCAGCAGAAAACUGUGAAACGUAUUGUACAACAGCUGUUUUGCCUGUUGAAACAGAAACAGAACAAAACCCAUUUUUACCUAAACAACCAUCUUUAUCUUCCUUCAACAGAUGGAAGACUGUAUGAAUCCAGCACUUUAUUUUUCAAUGACACCGUCUUCCAGGCUGCAAGACUUGAGGGUCCUUUGGAAACCAAGCUGAAAUUGCUGGAAAAAUUAAACUGCUGUCAUCUUGGAAAUGAUCACUAUGAACAUCAGAUAUUUUUGCAAUUCCUUCCUGAGCAAGUUCGCCCAAAAUUUCUUUCGGAUGUCAUUUCUGAAAACCUGGAGGGAACAAGUGUACAAUAUUGCGACUAUGAAGGGGAGUGUGAAUUUAGUGGCUGGUUUGACAAGCACUUGUCUUCUGCUGCAUUUCUUCAUGGACUAAUCUGUCUCAUCAGAGAAGAGAGCAAAGGUGGGGUUUCACAUUCUGAAGCUGCAGAAAAGUGUGAAGAAAUCUUUUCUAAGAUUCAAAUUAUCUGCUGUAAAACUCUUCAAACUGAGCUUCUUUUAAACCUUAAGCCACUUGAGGGUAGUAAGGCUGAAACAGAUGUUUAUGUGAAAAAACAGCAAGGUGGAUGCAGUUUCUACUUGAAACACAAUGAUGACAUGGCCCCCAAAGUUGUAAGUGAAAUUACCAUGUGUCUUACUAAAGAAAUCAAUGCUCUUCUAAAGAACUGUCUAACCACCUCAAGCCUUCUAGUUCUAGGGCAACUUCUGCAUUGUGACAACAUGGAGGAUGUGGAGAAAGCACUGGCAAAAUAUGGCAUUCAUAACAGUGGCUACAAGGAGGAAGGACAUGGUUCCUUACCAAAACCUGGAUUUUGUAUACCUGAAGAAUGGCAUGACUGCCUUGAUAUGAAUUUCCUCAACAACUUUGAAAGUGGAGAGUAUGUUGGCUGUAGUAAGGAUGAUUCUGGUGAAUAUUUGUACGCCAUUGUUAUUGAGCGAGUGGAUGAUCUACUGGAACAAAGAAGACAGUAUCCUGCCAGAUAUAAAAUUCAAGUUGGCAGUGAUGACUUCAUUGAAAUAAGCUCUCUUGACCUUUACCAAUUUAAAAGGGAAAAGAAGGCAACUGUAUCAAAAGGGUCCACUUGCACAGAUAUAGAACGUCUUUUGACAUCUGGGCCUCCACCCAAAACAGUCUUUCCUGAGACUUUGGAAGAGAUCAAAAGAGAAAUUGACCAAAGCUUAAAUGAAAUCUGGAAGAUGUCAAGUGAGGACAAACAAAAAGCUCUUAAACGUCUCUACCUCUGCUGGCAUCCAGACAAGAACCCAGGCAAAGAAGCACUUGCCACAGAGGCGUUCAGAUACCUGAAAAAGAGAAUUGAGGAACUACAACGAGGGACUACAACUACAACUACAACUGCACAGAGCACAUUCUCAAACUGGAGAGACUUUCGAGAUUUCUAUGACGUGUGGAACACAGAGGCACAAAGUCACAGGAGGGGACGCGAGAGGUUCUAUCAGAACUAUUCUAGAAGGCACUAUAACUUUUGGUCAUACCACAGAGAAACUCCAAGGCCAAACAGAGGGGAGGCAAAACGCUGGUAUGAACAGGCUCAAUGUGACAUCAAAGCAGCUCAUAAUGACACUGGAGGAGAUAGUUCAGAGUGGUGUCUGUUUAAAGUGCAUCAGGCUGUGGAAAAAGCCCUGAUAGCAUCAAUGUACAGGGGAAGUGGACACCAACCCAACAACUGCUCAAUAACUAGCCUUGCUCUACAGGUGUCCCAUUUCAGUUCACAGUUCGCUUCUUUACCGAACACUGUGAGGCAACUGACUGAACUUGGUGUUGAUGGCAAAAAAACACAAUAUCCGAACUAUCACCAAUUUCCUCACAUUCCAAACAAGCAAUUUGGUAUUAAUAAUGCCAUAAGGGCAUUGGAUAUUGCAACAAAGCUUUUAGAAAAAAUAGAAGAAUACAUAUCUUGAAAUAUUAUACUGUUCAACAGAGGCAACCAUUAGAAUCUUUUUUUUUUUUGGUAUAUGUUUAGCACUGUUAACAUGCAUAAUGGAAAUUCUUUCAUCUUUGGCAUUAAUAAUGCCAUAAGGGCAUUGGAUAUUGCCACAAAGCUUGUAGAAAAAGAAACAGAAGAAUACAUAUCUUGAAAUAUUAUACUGUUCAAAAUAGGCAAUAAAUAGGAUCUUUUUUUUUUUUUUUUUGUAAAUGUUUAGCACUGUUAACAUGCAUAAUAAAAAUUCUUAAAUAUUUGUAAUCAUGUUUUGAUAAUUGUCAAUCUGGUUAUCAUUUUGCUUACUAUUAUAUGCAACAUUUAUAUUAUUCCAUAAUGGACAUUCUUGUAGCAAACAGUAGAGCAUGGCAUUAGCAAUGGCAAGGUCAUGGGUUCAAUUCCCAGGGACUGAACAAAAUAAAACAUUUAUCUUAAAUGCAAUUUAAUUUUCUUUGGAUAAAACUGUCUGAAAAAUCUAAAUGUCCAUCAUUUAAAAGCAUGGGUUUUAUUAAGAAUUAAGAGAAGUCAAAAGCUGUUUCAACCAAAUAUUCACAAAACUGCAAGAAUUGAACACUAACAUUCACACAACCAUCCUGCAAUACAGAUCCUGUAUGUGCUUUACAAUCUCUGCAGCAAAACCACUUCUCGAGUCUAUUGCAAAAUAAAAUAUUACAUGAAUAGUGUCUUAUGUUGUUCCCCUUACUGUUUGCAAAAUUAAACUUCAAUUUGAGCAGCAUCUGGUUUCCUCCAUGCUACUGCAAAACCAUGCCAUAAAUAUUUGUAGUUUUCUGGUGUCCUAGUAAUAACUUAUUACACAAAUUCUGUACAUAAUUACAGCAGGCAUACUGCCCCUCCUUUAUGUAAUGAACACAAUAAAAGAGCAAGCAUUGUUAAAAGUGGUCUUUACGGUGCUGGCCAAUGCGGUGUACAGUGCGUCCGAAAAAUACAAGCAAAUAUCACACUUUAAUACAGUAAUGAAAAGAAGAAUAAAAGCCCUCAGCUGCAAUGGUCAUUUUUUCCUGAAAUAACAAUCUCAUCUGUUUGGUAUAUGUUUAAAUGAAUUAAUGGAAAAGGCUACUUUGUUUUCAAUAAGUAAUAUGUAGGCGACUAAAAUAGUUCAAACUUGAAAUGCUGUGAAUAAUGAAAAUUUGAGCAGAAAUAUGUAUUUUUAUUUUUUCAAAUUGGAACUUGGUUAACUAUAUAAGACUCUUCAUCUAUUCACUGUUAUUAGCCUGAUUCCUGUCCUGCACAGUCUAAAAGCUCACACAUGAAUUAAACAAUUUAUUAAAGAAUUGGGGGGAGUUAAAUACAAAUAACAAACAGUCCACAUGCAUAUGGAAAAUAUUUAAGGCCCAUUUUGAAACACUAGCUGGGAAUGCAUACGCUUGUGAAUUUAUGGAGCAGCAUAUUGACAGCACAUCUACUGCUUUCUUGCGAACAAAGACUUAGAUAUCCAUUUUCUUAUUGCCAUUUGGUCUCCAGAUAAAACAUUUAUCAAAGAUUUGUGUGUUGAUGUAAAAAGAGAACAAACCAAACAAAAUUUUUUUGGGGGGGUUUUCCAGCUACAACUGGCAAUAGUAAUGCAUUGAAAUUAAGUGCAUUACACAUUUUCACACACCCUUGAAAUUACAAAUUUUUUAAAUAAAAACUGAACUCAUAAAUGUGUCACACAAGAAAACAGGAGAUGAAAUCAAGUCAUUUGCCCUGACCACUGAAUCAGAGUUUUAUUUGCAAGGCAUUCUGACAGUUUGAUAUAAAAAAUAUAGCUCCAUCAAGGAUUCAUGUUUGUGGAGGAAGAGGCAGGCCCGGUUCUACGAGGGUGCUCAAACAAUAUCAAUAGCACCCUCAGUUACAGCUGUCUAAUGGAAUUGCAGAUUUGGCAAACUAUCCAGUGCGCUAUGGUUUGCGCUCUGGAGAUCGGUUUCUAUUUCAAAGUGUUUUUGCAGCAUUGAGCAAUGUAGCCAAUCGCAGCCAUAUCUGUUGAUUUUUUUCAAUCAGAGGCAUUUAAGUUAGAAUCCACUCACCGCUCAAAUCGACCCAGAGUUUUUGUUCAGGUAUUGUGUUCAGCAUGAAUCAUCUCAUUAUAACAAAAUUUUGUAAAUAAGAGAUUCGUUGUGCAGCAUAGAGAACUUCAUUGAUUAUAACGUAUCGUUGUUAGAUCGCGAUGAACUAAGAUGAGUGACAGCUUUUAGUGAUUAUAAACGGAGCACUCUUUUUAAUAUAUAGCCUAGCCCAGGGGUAGGCAACGUUGGUCCUGGAGUACCACUGUCCUGUAGAGUUUUAAUCAAACACACCUGAACAAGCUAAUCAAGGCCUUCAGGAUUACUAAGGCUACAGGCAGGUGAGGUUUUUUUCAGGGUUGGAGCUAAACUCUGCAGGACAUCAGCACUCCAGGACUGAUGUUGCCUACCCCACCCUCAGUGAUUUGAUUCUGGAGCCAGGCCUGGGAAGAGGCAAGCCUGUCCGAACUUCCCCCAAUGCUUCCUUUGUAAAUUUGCAUAUGCAGAUAUUCCUGGCAUCUGGUUCCUCCUCCAUGUUACACAUUCUCAUAUGUUGUAGGCCACAUAUACAGGGUCCGGCUGGUCAGCGAGGAAGCUGUCCCACAAGUGCAUGCGCUGCUUCUCCCCUCUGGAGUUGAUAAUGACUCCAGGGUCCACCAUCACAACAACCCCCACUAUGAGAUAGUGCUCUUCCAGAACCACGUUGGUCACCAGAGCAACAAGAUCCACCAAGAGAUUUUUCCAUGUGAACAUAGCACUAGCACGCGCAUAUUUGUGUCACGCCCACUAGCACGACACAAGCUCUGAUGCCUCGGUUCAAAUGUCACAUCAUUACCCAUAGGAAAAAUGUAUUGCUCAGUGGUUGCUUUUCCUAAGCUCAGGAGACUUACAGUAGAUGAGAUUAUCAUAUAUAUCUCUUAUUUUAGUAUCAACAUCAUUUCAGAUGUUUCUCCUAAAAUUCCUUAGGAGAAAUAGAAGUAGACACAAAUGAGACAUGAGAAAUAUCUGAGAAACAAAGAGUCAAAACUGAGAAUGUGGUGGAAGAAACAGAAUAUCUCUUUAUUGUCUUGCUGCAAUCUCCAUUAUAGGAAUAUUUUAUUGCUCAGUGGUUGCUCUUUCUAACUUCAGGAGACCUAGUUCUCAUGUAUUUCUCAUUUUGGUCUGAACAGUGUCUCAGAUAUUUCUGAAUGAAUGAAUGAAUGAUGCAUUUAUA